AUGACAUCUUGCCUACAGAGUGUCUUCAAAGAGUCACCGGUCUUCUAGCACAUCAAAAUCAUUUAAACACACCAUCAUAUUCCAAACCCAUACAUCCUCCAAAUUCAAAUCAUUUGCCCAAGACUUUCAACAAUCUGGAUGUAAUUUCCUUGGAUAGGUAGUAACCUCCCAGACUAAAGUAGUUCGGAAACUUCAUAGAAUUCUUAAUUUAAUGAUAAUGAGAGUUGUUGUUGUUUUAAUUGUGGAAAAGUCAAUAAAAAAGUUAGGAGUCUUUAAAAGAAAUUUAUUGCUUUUCACACAUAAAUGUCCGUACUUAGAAAAUUCAGAUUACUCAAAAGAUUCUAAAAUGCUGUCUAUUGCAUUAUCUAUUUAAUAGAUAAAAAAAGGAAAUCAAAAAAAAAUCAAAAAUAAAAAAAAAUGUAUAGAUUUAAAACUAAAAUCAAUUUUGAUGCUUCACCAUUGAUGCCUCCUUAAUAAUAAUAAGUCCAAUAUGAAAAACAUGAUGACAAAUAAAAUUAAAAAAAUCAACAAUUACAAUCAAUUCAAGCGAAAAUUAUUGAUAGCAAACAUAAAUAAAGAUAAUCAAUAAGAGUAUAUCUAUAAUAGAAAUUAAAUGAAAAAGGUAUUCUUUUCUUAAAACUAAUUUAGAUCAUUAAUAAACAUUGCCCAAAAUUCAUAAAAUAACAACAAAUUCCUUUACCACAAUUUAACCAUUAAGAUUUUCUAAAAAUGAGGAACCAAAAUCCUCCCGUUUUUCUUCACAAAUAAAAAUCACUCCUUAAACUGAAUUCAGUCCAACUUCUUUACACCAUCAUUCUCCAUAUUUUAGGAACAUCACUUCUAGAAAUCAUAUAGAUAGUAUUAUUCAAACAUCAUUCAUAAAAACACCUAGAACAAUUAUUAAAAGUAUUUCAUCAGAAUAACUCAUCUAAAAAUAACAGCAACAUCAAUUUCACUCUAGAAAAAAUACUCCAUCUACAUUCAAAGGAAUUUUUUGA